CCGCCACCGCUGAGCCCGAGCGGGGGCCACCAGCGCCGUAUCCCUCUCAACCUGCCAACAGUCUGCAUUGGAGAAGCACUUGUGGCCAGAGGUGUGGCUGUGGAGAGCUGGCCGGGGAGGGACACUGCCCAGCUGCUGCUCUGCUCCUGUCUCCUGUCCCCUCCCCUGGCCAUGACAGAGACCCGUGAGCCAGCUGAGACUGGGGGCUACGCCAGCUUAGAAGAAGAUGAUGAAGACCUCUCCCCAGGUCCUGAGCAUUCCUCUGACUCCGAGUACACUCUCUCAGAGCCGGACUCCGAAGAGGAAGAAGAUGAAGAGGAGGAGGAAGAGGAGACCACUGACGAUCCCGAAUAUGACCCCGGCUACAAGGUGAAGCAGCGCCUGGGGGGCGGCCGGGGUGGCCCGUCCCGCCGGGCCCCACGUGCAGCCCAGCCCCCGGGCCCCCAGGCCCAGCCCUGCCAGCUCUGUGGCCGCCCACCCCUUGGGGAGGCCCCACCAGGCACCCCACCUUGCCGGCUCUGCUGCCCCGCUACAGCCCCCCAGGAAGCACCAGCCCCUGAAGGCAGGGCCCUCGGGGAGGAAGAGGAAGAGCCGCCUCGGGCUGGGGAGUGCCGAGCAGCUGGGAGGGAGGAGGAGGAAGAGGAGGAGGAGGAGGGCUCCUACCAGUGUACAGAGUGCGAGGAUUCCUUUGACAAUCUUGGGGAGCUGCAUGGCCACUUCAUGCUGCAUGCCCGGGGUGAGGUGUAGGCAGAGCCCCCUGCCCAGGGCGCUUGGCAGAAGGGGCGGGAUGGGAGGAGGGGGCUGGGGAAAUGGGGAUGGCCACAGUGGUCAUGCGGGAUGGGGUACCGCCUAUCUGUGUCGUCUUAGCAGUAGAUGUGUGAAGGCCAGAAUAAAAGCCAAAUUCUGU